CGAAGGUGGGGCUCGUUCUGUGCUGUUCUCUCUUCCUUUCCUCCUCCGUCUCGUUCAGUCGCUCCGUUUUUUUUUUUUAGAUCAGAUGGCUUUUGAUUCCUGGCGGGAAGGACAUCCUGGAUUUUUGAGGAGGCAGGAAUAGCACUCGGUGUUGCCUGAUUGGGCGCUGCCGUAAGUGUGUGACAGAGGGUAGGGAGGGAGGGUAGGGGCUGCCAGGAGCGAAGCCAGAAGGAGGCCAAACAUGGCCAGCGAUGACGGGCUCGAGGAGCUGCCAGGGGACCAACGGCCUGACUCCCCAGUUCACGCUGAGCAGGGUGACACAGACUCUUCGGGCGAUCCUGGCGGGCUGCCGGUGCUCCAGCAGCUCGGUCUGGACCAAAACUCUGACUUCUCUGACUCCAGCGUGCAGCAGUGCCUGGACGAGCACCGCGAGAGGAUCCGCAGGGAGAUCCGCCGGGAGCUGAAGAUCAAGGAGGGGGCUGAGAACCUGCGCCGGGCCACCACCGACAAGAGGAACGCCCAGCAGGUGGACUCGCAGCUCCGCAGCUCCACGCGCAAGCUGGAGUCCCUCCACGCUCAGCUGCAGGAGCUGGACGCACACAUCGUCGUCAAGGGCCCCGAUGACAACAAAGAUGCCCCGAAGUCUCCGGACGCGCUCAACCGGACGUCGGCCAACCAGCGGCGCAUCGCAGCUCUGGAGCGCCAGCUAAACAUCGAGCUCAAAGUCAAACAGGGAGCCGAGAACAUGAUCCCAAUCUAUGCCAACGGAGUCACAAAGGACAAGAAGCUUCUCCAGACGACUCAGCAGAUGCUGCAGGACAGCAAGACCAAGAUCGACAUCAUCCGCAUGCAGGUCCGGAAGGCCAUGCAGGCCACGGAGCAGUCCGAGGACAACCAAAGUAAGCAUGACGGGGUGGAGCUGCGCGUGGAGGAGCUGUGGCAUCACUACCGCGUGGAGCACGCCAUGGCCGAGGGCGCCAAGAACAUGCUGCGCCUGCUGGGAGCCGGGAAGGUCCAGGACAAGAAGGCCAUAGCUGAGGCUCAGUGCGGUCUGAGCGAGUCCUCCCAGCGCCUGGACCUGGUGCGCUGCUCUCUGGAGCAGCGCCUGCAGGAGCUGCCUGAGGACCAUCCCAAGGCCUGCCUCAUCAAGGAGGAGCUGGUGCUCGCCUCCUCCUCGGCUUUCAGUGCCCGCCACAGCACCCCCUACGUCCACAACCAGUACAGCACCAUGAGCAAGCCUUCACCACUCACAGGUACUCUGCAGGUGCAUCUCCUGGGCUGUGUGGGGUUGCUGGAGGUGAUCCCGGGACGGACCAAAGGGAGCCCGCUGGUUCUUCCCUCGUACUCUCCGGGAGAUGGACGCUCGUCCUUCAAACUGAGCGGCCUUUACAGCCGCAGCUCCAGCAGCAUGAGCCUGAAGAUCCCUGGCAAGACCGAGGAGCUCUCCUCGGAGGUGAGCGCCGUGCUGAAGCUGGAGAACACCGUGGUGGGUCAGACGGUGUGGAGGACGGUCGGGGAGCAGGCCUGGGACCAGAGCUUCACUCUGGAGCUGGAGAGAUCCAGGGAGAUGGAGAUCGCAGUGUACUGGAGAGAUUACCGCUCCCUGUGCGCUCUGAAGUACCUGAAGCUGGAAGAGUUCCUGGACAACCAACGGCACCGAGUCCAGCUGGAGCUGGAGCCACAGGGGCUGCUGCUGGCCGAGGUGACUUUCUUUAACCCGGUAAUAGAGAGAGGCCGAAAACUCCAGAGGCAGAAGAAAGUCUUCUCCAAGCAGCACGGGAAAGCCUUCGUGCGUGCUCGUCAGAUGAAUGUGGACAUCGCUACCUGGGUCCGCCUGCUCAGGAACGCCAUUCCCAGUGGCAGCAACACACCGUCCUACACGCCCAGCUUCACCAGCAGCACGCUCACACACAGCGCAGGAGAAAUCUCCGUGGAGAAGUUGAAUCUGGGCAGCGACUCUCCCCCCAAAGCUGAUAUCCGGAGAGAUGUGGUGGACGCACCGGCUUCCUUGGAACAGAUGGCGGUCAUUGAACCCCCGUCCACGCCGGACGCCGCUCUUCACCAGCAGCCAACCAGAUCGCUGUCCCAGAACUCUAUACGCAGACCAAGCAGAGGCCCUCUCUGCCUUCAGGACUUCAAGCUGAUAGCAGUGCUCGGCAGAGGCCACUUUGGGAAGGUGUUGCUGUCAGAGUACAAAAGGACAGCCAGUUUAAGUGUCUCCUUCGCCCCCAUCCUCCCUCCCCCACCGCCCCCCCUGUCUGUCUCCAGUCUGAUGUGUGAGAAGCGGAUCUUUGAGGCCGUCAACGGCUCCCACCACCCCUUCCUGGUCAACCUGUUUGCAUGUUUCCAGACGCCAGAACAUGUGUGUUUUGUCAUGGAGUACACAGCGGGAGGAGACCUCAUGAUGCACAUACAUGCCGACGUCUUUUCUGAGCCACGCGCUGUCUUCUACUCGGCUUGUGUGGUCCUGGGUCUGCAGUUCCUUCAUGACCAUAAGAUUGUGUAUCGGGAUCUUAAAUUGGACAACCUGCUGCUCGACACAGAGGGUUUUGUGAAGAUAGCAGACUUUGGGCUCUGUAAAGAAGGCAUGGGCUAUGGGGACCGGACCAGCACCUUCUGUGGGACCCCAGAGUUUCUGGCCCCGGAGGUGCUGACAGACACAUCGUACACACGGGCAGUGGACUGGUGGGGGCUCGGGGUGCUCGUCUACGAGAUGUUGGUCGGGGAGUCUCCGUUCCCAGGUGACGAUGAGGAGGAGGUUUUCGACAGCAUCGUGAACGAUGAAGUGCGCUACCCUCGCUUCCUCUCCACCGAAGCCAUCGGCAUAAUGAGACGGGUUAGACUCCAAAAAUAAAAAACUACGGGCUCUGGAGAAAAGGAUGCUGAAGAUGUCAAAAAACAACCGUUUUUCAGGGGCAUGGACUGGGAGGCUCUUCUUCAGAGGAAGGUCCCGCCCCCGUUCGUCCCGACCAUCGGAGGAAAAGAAGACGUCAGCAACUUUGACGUGGAGUUCACGGCCGAGGCUCCCGCCCUGACGCCCCCCCGCGAGCGCCGCAACCUCUCCCGCAAGGAACAGGAUUACUUCAAGGAUUUUGACUACGUCUCAGACCUCUGUUAGAGUCCCAUGGGUCACAGGGGGGUCAGCCACAGACUCUGAGAGGAGACUGAGAAGCGAAAGGCGGCUGACUCUCUGCCCCCACAACCUGGGAGAGAGGAACUCAAUGGUGAUGAGAGGCGAUGAUCACUCCUUAACUGUUCUUUGUUUUUAAUCUCUCCGUCUGUUUGUUUG